AUGGAGAGCUCUAAGCUCAUUGGCAGCAUUCCCUGCGAGGUCGGCAAUUUAAGUGGCUUGACCCUUUUCAAUGUUGGACAUAACGAGUUGACCGAGCCUAUACCCACGACCAUCGCAAUUAUAGGGAAGCUUCAAGGUUUGUAUCUUCAGGACAACAAGCCGCACGGACCGGUUCCUGAAGACAUCUGUAACCUCCCGAGCUUGGCUUUCUUAUCCUUGAGCAGCAACGAACUCAACGGAUCAAUACUUUUGUGUAUUGGUAACCUUACUUCGUUAGGAGAACUCUACUUAGGUUCUAACCAGUUAACGGGCACCAUACCUGAUUCAUCAUGGAGUUUAAAUAACAUAUCGGUGUUAAAUAUUUCCACACAUUUUCUGAGCGGGGAUCUUGCUCCCGGAGUCAGAAAUCUAAAGGCAGUGACGGUUGUAGAUUUAUCAGGUGAUAUUCCUGAGUCAUUUGGAAAGCUGGUGAGCUUGGAGUCUCUGGAUUUAUCAAGUAAUAACCUGACCGGGCCGAUUCCCAAAUCGUUGGAGUCACUAUCGUACCUCAAAUACUCAAACCUUUCUUUCAAUCACUUAUCGGGAAAGAUUCCUUCAUUCGUAGGAAAUGAAGCUCUUUGUGGCGAUCCUCGUCUACAAGUUCCUCUGUGCCCUGUCACUGCGAUUCAUCAAUCACAAACUAAGAAAUUGCGUCUGCUAAGAAUUCUUCCACCUUCUAUUUUGGCGGCAAUAUUUGCUUUAGGCCUUUUGUUUGUUCAGCUGCGGUAUUUGAGAAGAAAUACAAGGCUUUCCACAGAUGAAGCUUCGAUGACCUUCGCAUCAAGAAGAAGGAUAAGCUACUACGAAGUUCUACAGGCAACAAAUGGUCUAAGCCCAAGCAACUUGUUAGGAGCGGGGUGUUUCGGCUUGGUUUACAGAGGAACACUGUCAGAUGGCGUAAGCAUCGCAGUUGAGGUCUUCAAUUUAGAACUAGAAGGCACUCUAAAGAGUUUCAAAGCAGAAUGUGAGGUACUGAGGAGCAUGAGAAUUCGCCAUCAUAAUCUCGUGAAGAUCAUCAGCAGUUGUUGUAACCUCGAUUUCAGAGCAUUCAUUCUGGAGUACAUGCCAAAUGGAAGCCUAGAGAGUUGGUUACACUGUGAGGGGUACCAUUUAGACAUCCUACAGAGACUCAAUAUCAUGAUAGAUGUCGCGUCUGGACUCAAGUAUCUGCAUGAAGGGUAUUCGAUUCCCAUUGUUGACCGUGAUUCGAAACCGAACAACGUCCUAUUAGGUGGAGAUUUGGUUGCUUGCCUUUAUGACUUUGGCAUCGCCAAACUUCUUGGUGAAGAGAAGUCGAUGACUCAAACCAAGACCCUUGCCACCAUGGUAUACAUGGCACCAGAGUAUGGGUCGGGUGGAUUUGUUUCCACAAGAGGCGACGUGGACAGGUGUGGAAUCUUGCUGAUGGAAACUUUCACAGGAAAGAGGCCAACAGACGAGAUGUUUUCUGCGGUAGAAAGCUUGAAGCAGGGGGUUGAGAAGUCGCUUCCUCAUGCAGUUCAAGACAUCCUAAAUACAAAUCUAUUAAGCAGAGAAGAGCUAAGUGCUACAAAACUGGACUGCCUGUCUUCAAUCCUGGAGUUGGCAGUGCAUUGUUGUGCUGAGUUGCCUGAAGAAAGAAUGCGCAAGAAUGAUGUCCUUGCGAAACUCAAUAAGAUCAAAACGAGGCGUACUACUAUUACCUCAGAGGAGGUAAAGUCCGCCUUAUUCUCUAAGGAGUGGCAGAGAAAGUUGCAAGAUGACGAUCUGGCAAAAGGAGCAGCGCAAGCACUGACGAUUCGGGGUAGAAAACAACAUCAAGAACCUAGUAGCAGCAGAGGGAUGAAAGGGAAGAAAGUGAAUACUCUCUAUUAUCUACUGGGAGAGACCGUGACUGGAAGUGCUGCUAUUUUAUCAGGUGAUGAGGUGGAGACAGAUGAGCCUUCGUCUUACUCUGAGGCAAUGGCUAGUUCGGAGUCAUCGCAGUGGCUAGGGACUAUGAAUAACCCGGCAGACAUGAUGACUAAGUUUGUUCCUGUGACGAAGCUCAAGCUAUGCUUGAGCUCUAUUGGCGUCUGUGAAGAGUGA